GCUGCAGCUGGCGGUGCAGUUCCUACUGGGCGGCAGAGUUUGUUUACGUCGCUCUCCUCCGGCAGCUGGCUUCCCUCGCUCGGGCUUCAAGAUGGGGAAGUCCUUCGCUAACUUUAUGUGCAAAAAGGACUUCCACCCCGCCUCCAAAUCCAACAUCAAGAAGGUAUGGAUGGCAGAACAGAAAAUAUCCUAUGAUAAAAAGAAACAAGAAGAAUUAAUGCAACAAUAUCUUAAAGAACAAGAAUCAUAUGAUAACAGAUUGCUUAUGGGAGAUGAACGUGUAAAGAACGGCCUUAAUUUCAUGUAUGAGGCUCCACCAGGAGCUAAAAAAGAAAACAAAGAGAAAGAAGAGACAGAAGGAGAGACAGAAUACAAAUUUGAAUGGCAGAAAGGAGCACCACGAGAAAAAUAUGCCAAAGAUGACAUGAACAUCAGAGAUCAGCCCUUUGGUAUUCAGGUUCGAAAUGUGAGGUGCAUUAAAUGCCACAAAUGGGGUCACGUCAACACAGACCGAGAGUGUCCUUUGUUCGGUCUUUCUGGAAUCAAUGCAAGUUCUGUUCCUACUGAUGGCUCAGGGCCAUCGAUGCACCCCUCCGAGCUAAUAGCUGAGAUGAGAAACAGUGGGUUUGCACUGAAAAGAAAUGUACUGGGGAGAAACUUGACCGCAAAUGAUCCAUCACAGGAAUAUGUUGCAAGUGAGGGUGAAGAAGAUCCAGAAGUGGAAUUCUUAAAGUCACUAACAACUAAACAAAAACAGAAACUUCUCAGGAAAUUGGAUAGACUUGAAAAGAAAAAGAAGAAGAAGAAGAAGGAUAGAAGAAAGAAAAAGUUACAAAAGACGAGAAGCAAGCACAAAAAACAUAAAAAUAAAUUCUCCUCCUCCUCUUCCUCUACUGAGACUUCUGAAAGCAGCAGCGAGAGUGACAGUAAAGAAAAGCAAAUAGAAAAGAAGAAAAAAAAGAAAAACAAGUGUACAGGAAAUAGCACCAAUGACUCUGAAGAGGACAAAUCUAAGAAGAGAAAACUUCAUGAAGAACUUUCUAGCAGUCAUAACAAAGAAAGAAGCAAGGAAAAACCUAGGUUUUUAAAACAAGAGAGUUCUGAGGAGAAUAGCAAAUGGAGCCAUUAUGAUUCUGACAAAAAGUCCAGAAGCCGGCAUCACAGUCCAGAGAAGAGAGGAUCUGAAAGAAAUGGGGGAAGCAUCAGAAGCCGCAGCAGGGAGGAGAGAAGAUGGAGGAGGAGCCGCAGCAGAAGUCCUGGUGGUUUUAAGGAAAAGGAGGCAAGGCACCAGCGAUAGCCAGUCCCCGUGAAAAGCAGAAGAAAGCCAUGGCACAGAUGUGUGUAGAGGAAGAACAUACAGAGAGCACACUGAAGUGACACAGACAGGAAAGAGAAACGUGACAAUUUCCUGAGAAUAAAAAUAGCCCAUUUUCUUAUUAAAUAUCUCUAGCAAGGGCUGAAGUAUGGACUAUUGUAUUUGUCAUUUUUUAAAAAAAAGCUCUUUUAAUUUUUCAUCUGUGCAAACUGUCAUUUCAAGUACAAAGAUUAUAUGAGUACCAUAAGAAUGAAUUUUGCAAAUAUUUGAAGUUGUCUAUUUGUGGGCUUUAGAAAUAUUUUCUGUUGGUAACAGUUUCUUGUGACCUCUACUAGAUUUUUUUAAAACCCAUAUAACUCUGUGACAUUUUCUUUGUUCUAAAACAUCAUUAAAAGAGUGACAGUACAUUGAACAGUUAAAGCUUUUCUUCUUUAUUAUCAGUUUAUAUUUAAGAUUUAAAUUUUCUUGAAGCAAAGUAUAAUAAUUGAAAUUAACUAGUAUGAAAUUAACAAUGUAUGAAUUGAUAUAUUUUGAAGCCUUUUAAACUCAGGUGUCUUAUUCCACUGAAUUAGGUAUUUACAGUUGAACUAUCUGCUAGUUUUCUAUGCUGUCAUACAAAACCUGUUCUGGAGAUUAGCUUUCUGACUUGGCUCUCAGUAGGCUAAAAUAGAGGUUCCUCCUAGAAACUAGGGAAAAUUUUACUUGCUUGCCUAUUCCAGCUUCUAGAAAACUGCCCACAUUCCUUGGCUCCUAGCUCCUUUUCUCCAUUUGAUUGGAAGCUAACAAAAAGGAGUCAGUUCCUUACUUUUAGUCAUGCCGACACUGAUUGUGCAUUCCUUUCCAGCUUGUUAAGUAAGGAUCUUUGAGGUUACUUUAGGCUCUCCUGAAGAAUAUAAGAUAAUCUCCCUAUUUUAAGGUCAACUGAUACGCAACCUUACUUUUCCUUUUUCAUAUAAUGUAAUUGUAUUCACAGACUCCAGGGCUUGAAGAUUUAUACAUCUUUGAGUAUCUAUUUUUCUAUCUUCCACACAUCCUUUCUGCUACCACUAUAAGAUUUUAUUUUUUAAAAAUAUGAAGCAUCUAUAGAAUGACACAAAUAUAAAUUAUAUAUAUAGGGAAUAUAUGAAGCAUAUUUAAAAUUCAGCUGCAGAUUUUCCCGUGUAUUGCAAAGGAUAUACUGAAGGAAAACUAUAGGAACAAAAGAAUUAGUACAAAUGAAAAGUAACAUGCAGUUUCACAUCAUUUCAUAUGGUAUUUUUAUUAGGGUUCUUUUUAAAAAUGUUAUUUUGUAGACAAUUAUUGAUUAGAUGGCUUUGAUAGUUGGUAGUCUCAGUUUCUUGAAUUCUGUAAGAUAGUAAAUAAGUGCAAGAUUUAAAUAAAACCACUCUGUGUAGUAUAA